ACCUGUAUGGAGUUCAUCAGACGAGGCGCCAACGUUCUCCAAGUUAAAGAUGGUCCAAUGAGUGAUAACAAUGAUGCUGACCUGUGUGACGAAGACGGUUUGUCACCGGAUGAAUGGCCAUGGCUCGCCCCGUACGAGAAUGACCAUCGUCAGUGCCCAGUUACCGGAGGCUUUACUUUCAGAACCAUAAGCAGGUUAACUAAUGACGAUAUCUGUGCUAAGGAAUGGCGACGGUCCCGCUUAGACGCCGAGUGCAUUAUGGGAGACGGUUUGGAUUUCUUCGCUCCCAAAUCUAGCAGCUGUAGCCCAUUUUCCAAAACGAAUGAAUGGCAGAGGCUGGGGUGCUGGUCUAGCUGGGAGCAAGGCGACUUUCUGUACGUGGUGGCUGGAGUGAGGAAGCAUCAGCCUCAGUUCUGUUUGCGAUUUCCCAAGAAGAUGGAUGGGGAGUUCAAAGUUUUGUUGUAUCUGAGUGUUAUUUGUCCGAUGGAGCCGGAAGGCACCCCAACCCAUGGGAUUGAAUAUUAUGAGCUUCAUAUGAAACCCACAGAUCCGUGGGACUGCGAAGACGAAGGACCCAGGUGUCGUGAGAUUGCCAGAAAAGGAGGGUGUACGAAGGAUGCAUCAAAGUACUCAUUCCACUGCAAACGAUCCUGCGGUCUUUGUGCCCGUAGAUCUGUGACCAAGCAAGUGUGUGUGUUCCCCGCGAAGUUCUACGGAGACUGGACCCUGUUUAAUGGUGACCGGGUGGAGCACGUGAGAAUUAAUGCCACCCAUGUCAGUUUCUCCAUCCUGGGAGACUUCGCAUGCGCAGAACCACACCCAACGGAUGACAAAUACAAACUUGUCUCUGUUUUCUACAACGGAUGCUCUCCACGGUACACUUGUAUAGAACUGAAGCGCUACAACCAGAACCUACUGCAGUACAAACUUGGUCGUAGUGAGCGGACGGAUCGUGACAUUAGUCAGCUGUGUAUGUUCAGCAACGACGGUGCGCCAAUGUUUGACAGUGUCAGGAGUUUUUCAUUUAAAAAUCUUGUUGGUAAAAAACGCCUUAUGCCGACAUACUGUGGUUUGGAAGGGACAAUCCCGUUCAAUGGGACGUUUGACGGGCACAACUGUAGCGGGUACAUCUCAGACUGGGAUAGAGUGAGAUGUGACACCGACACCAAAUUCAGCAUGUGGUCUAACAACUGCCCAUCCUUGCCCUCCCCAAUAGAGUUUGACUGUCUGGCAUAUCUGCGGGACAAAGACGGAAUGGUCACAAAUUUAUUGAUCACUAAAUCUCGUGAUGGCAGCCACACCUUUAACUGUUGGGUGGUGACUUCAUACAAAGGCAUCGAUUCCACGUGGCCAUUCCGUGUUAUUUACCGUCUGGACUCCACCCAGUGUAACUCCCUAACAGAUGUGGACGUUCUAGUGACACGCAGGCCCCUGGCCACCAUGUACCUUCACGAGGAUGCCUUUGCAAAUGAAUGUAUCACACUUCCGCCUAUUCCACCGCGAUCUCAUACGACACGGAGAUACGAGCCCAGAUUACCCAAUGGGAAUGUAUAUUACACUGAGCCGCCGUUACCAGAGGAAGGCGGCUAUUGGAUGGACAGGACGUCAUCUUCAGCAGAGGCUGUCGAAGGAGGGGCCGGAAGAGAAGGAAGGGGACUUUUGACAUUAAUAGUUUUGUGUAUAGUGUCAUUAAUGGUAUAA